AAAGCAUCCGGCAGAACUUUACUGCAACUUUCUGCCCUCUCUCUCUCUCCACUCUCCAUGCUCGGCCAGUAGCUAACCAAGCGGAUUCUAAGGGGAGAGAGAGAAUCGCAGAGAACAAAAAUGGUUGGAGUUGUAUUAAUCUUGAGAGGAUGCAGAGACGAAGAGAGAGUGAAGAGGAGGCCCAAAGGAGACGAAGAAAGGGCGAGGGAGAGAGAGAGGCAGCUUUCUCUACUUGCCUUUCUCAUGGCGGCACUUCGGAGGUCGGUGGUGGGGUGCAGAGUGGCGGAGCGGCGGGGAGUUGAAGCGUCGCCUGCGAUGGCGCUUGCUCACAUGGAGAUCGGAUGGCCGACUGAUGUGCAUCACGUUUCCCAUGUCACAUUUGAUAGAUUCCAGGGAUUUGUGGGGCUUCCGGUUGAGUUCGAGGUCGAGAUACCAUGCCGUGUUCCUAGUGCAAGUGCCAGUGUAUUUGGCGUCUCAGCUGAAUCGAUGCAGUGUUGUUUUGAUUCUAAAGGUAAUAGCGUGCCCAUUAUUCUGUUACUUAUGCAGGAAAGGUUGUAUUCUCAAGGCGGGCUGAAGGCAGAGGGGAUAUUCCGUAUAAAUCCUGAAAACAGCAAAGAGGAAGAGUUGAGAGAGCAACUCAACAAGGGCAUUGUACCAGAAGAUAUUGAAGUUCAUUGUUUAGCUAGCCUUAUAAAGGCUUGGUUCAGAGAACUUCCUGAAGGGGUCCUCGACGGACUUUCUCCCGAACAAGUUCUUCAAUGUGACACGGAGGAGCGAUGCGUGGAACUUGUGCACCUUCUCCAUCCAACUCAAGCUGCUCUUCUCAAUUGGGCUGUUGAACUCAUGGCUGAUGUUGUUGAAGUGGAAGAAUUGAAUAAAAUGAAUGCAAGAAACAUAGCAAUGGUCUUCGCUCCAAACAUGACUCAGAUGUCUGAUCCAUUGACGGCUUUGAUGCAUGCUGUGCAAGUAAUGAACCUGCUCAAGUCCCUGAUCUUGAAAAUACUUAGAGAAAGAGAAGAAGCCUCCAUGGGAGGAAUUUCUCCAAGCUUCUCUUCUCAAUCUUCAUCAGAUGGCUGCCAUGAUGAAGAGAUGCAUAGUGAUGAUAGGGAAAUUGCUUCAAAUGAUGAGUAUAGUAGCGAGUAUAGUAGUGCCAGCUCUAGUCCUGCUGCCGGUGGUCGUCGUGGUGAUGGUGGUGGUGGUGGUGGUGAUGAUGAUGAUGAUGUAUCGUCAUGGUGA